GCCAGGCAAUAUAUAUUGUAGCAUGUUUGUAUGUUAUCUUGUUGAUUGUUUAACAGAAUUGUCAAGAAAUAAAUCUUGGGCCUAAUUAACUCAACCUCUAAUAUUAGUUUAUAACGGGAGAACCGUCAAAAUCAAUACAAUCCACACUCAAGAAUCUAUUGUAGCUUUUUAGAUCAAAGUUUAGUAAGUUUGAAUUAUGAGAAACAUGAUUAGACAUGUAGAACUCAUACAUGUAUAUAUAUAGAUUAUUUGGUCGAGGACUCUAGCAGGCUUUUUGUUUUUCUUUUUGGUUUCUAGAUUUCAUCAACUUUGAAUGAAUUAAUAGUUUUCAUAUACUCCUCUCUAACACAAUUCACCCUCAGUGUGCUUCAGGGACAUGUUUCUACAAGUUAAUAAUUUGUACACUUCUAUUAAUUUUUUUAAAAAAAAUUUUGAAGCAAAAUUAUUGGAUUACUGAACUCAUGAUUCAUAUCCUCCUAGUAGUCUGGUUUCUUAAUUUUACAUAGUACAAGCUAAGUAGCAAUAAACUUGCUUCUUUUUUCAAACAAACUUCAGUAUAUUUCGUGUAGAUAAGUUAUUAAAUGUUUAUAUUAUAUUAAAGAGAAAAGCAAGAAUAUUAAUAAUUUUAUAUGUAGGAAGAACUUCACUAUCCUAAUUCAUAUGAAUGCAAAUACAAGGAGGCAUCAGAUUCUAUGAGUGUAGUGAGUAGUAGUAUUAGGUGUAAUCUCCAAUCACAAAUCAAUUCAAUUGUGAUUGUUGUGUGACCUCACCUAACCUCUAUUUUAAUUGAUUUGAUUGAUGGGAGUGGGACCUAAUUGUGAUCUAAAACCAUCCACUCGCCCAAUAGACGCGUGCCUUCUCCUCACUGGUUUUCAUGACCCACCUUAUUUCUGGUUAAGUUGAUCCAUGAAAAAAAAUAUUAUUUUGUAUUUCCUAUGAUUUGAAACCAACUUUUCUACAAAUUUAUUUACUUGUGUACAUUCCUUUAUACUUUGUUCUAACUUUCUUAUUUAGGUUAAAAAACAUUCUCCUUGUUUUUAUUUCUUAGUUUUGUUAAGUAUUCAUUAUUUCUCGUCAGUAGAGGGGAGGUGAUAUUCACGAUGAAGCAAAGGAGAGUGGGAAUAUGUUAAUAGGAAAACAAAUGGACACGCGUCUAAUUAAUGGAAAAGCAUUCCCACUUUGCUUCUAUCAAGGCACACCUUUUUUUUCCUCAGUGCUCACUCUACGUGACCUCAUAUUAUUGGCUCUCACUGGCACACCAAUCGCAGCUACUCUAUUUUCAUGGGACCCACACAUCUCAUCACUGUUUAAGUUUAACCCUAGACACGUGGUGCCCUACGAACUACCCAACUAUGCCUGUAACUAUGAUAAUCUUCUCGGCAUCCGGCAAAACCAAAUUAUUUCUAUCUAAAAACUGCUCUACAACAGCCCGAAUGGACCUUGCAAAUACCUGGGCCGGGCCGGGAUACAAACCUACGCCCAAAGAUACCACCCUAAUCAACCAGAUGAUGCUCAGGUUCCGCCCUAUUGCGCCAAAGCCCGUAGCUAAUUCUUCUGGCCCGCCGGAAACUCAUGUGGUUGCAAAAAGAAGAACAAAGAGAAAGUACGUUAGAGUUAAGAAAAAUAAGAAUAAUAAAAAAGAAAAAAGUGAUGGAUUGCUGGAUGAGGUUGUAACUCUUCAGCUACUGCCGGAAAGUAGCGGAGGAGUUAAAACUUCGCCGGAGGACAGAUCGUACCCAAAAACUAUCAACUUUUUGGUGCAAUUAGACCGAUCUAUAUGGAUAAAUAAAAAUAUUUUAUCGAUCGGUGCACCAGAUCCGUCCGUAGAGAUCCGAUCUCCGAUGGUUGUGGAAUCAUGGGUGAUGGUGGACGGUUUAACAAACACUACUUUUGUAGAUUUAUCAGCUUUAGGAAGUACGGACAUGGAGAAGAUGAUGAAUCUACAGCGUGACACGUGUCCAGGGUUCAUAUCGGACGGUUUAGAUAGCGUGAAGUGGGUGAAUCUGGCGUACCGGAGAAUGAUAGAUCCGGAAGAGGAAAGAGGAGAACCGACGGAGAUGGUGGUGCGAUUAGUAGUGAAGGAGGAUAAAAGUGCACCAUUAUUAUUAUUAUUGCCAAGUUUUGCAUGCAUAGUAAGAAUUGUGUAUACAUGGAAUAAAGUGAAGCAGUCAAGGACAAUGCCUUGUGAUGUAUGGAAGAUGGACUGUGGGGGAUUUGCAUGGAAAUUUGAUGCUAAGGCUGCGCUUAGCUUGGGCCGUUGAACCCUUGUAUCGCUAUAGUAACUCAAUCAAUCUAAUAGGAGAGGGAGGAAUACAUCAGGUAAUGUUAAUUUUAUAUAUUAAACCCUAAGUGAAAAAAAAUAAUCUGUGCUUUGGCUGAUAACUAAAUCUAGCUAGGGCAAAAAUGCUCUUCUACUGAAAAAUGUUUGCUGGUAAUUAAAAAUUGUGAAAUUCAUGACAAAACUUUUAUUCAGCUUUAAUUUUAAUA